AUGGGUCCAAUUUGUGAUGCACUAAAUGAGAGAGAAAAGGGUGUACCACAAUCAGUUGAGUCUAAAUCAGACUCACCAGUGCAUACAACUCCACAGAAAACACCCAUUGUAGAAAAGGAAUAUGAGCAUGAUAGUGACUCUAAGAAUUCCACUGAUGAUAAUGCUUCUUUACCAUCUUUUGUGCCUGUUGCUCCAUUCCCACAAAGGUUGGUGCAGCAAAAAGGGAGUAACCAGUACAAUGAGAUGUUAGAAAUGUUUAAGCGAGUCAAUAUAAAUAUUCCUUUUCUCGAAGCAAUCAAACAGAUACCUGCUUAUGCUAAAUUCUUGAAAGAUCUAUGCACACAAAAACGGAAAUAUCAUGUGCAUAAGCGUGCCUUUCUCACUGAGCAGGUGAGUUCAAUUAUUCAAAACAAGACCCCACCUAAGUUUAAGGGCCCAGGUAGUCCAACUAUCACAUGCACUAUAGGUGACCAUAUAAUCGAUAGGGCUUUGUUAGACUUAGGCACAAGUGUGAAUCUUCUGCCAUAUUCAGUAUAUGAGAAGUUAGGUCUAGGGGAGUUGAAACCCACCCAUGUUACGCUGCAAUUAGCGGACAGAUCUGUAAAAAUUCCUUGUGGACGUCCUUUUCUAGUGACGUCCAAUGCUAUCAUAAAUUAUCGUAAUGGAGUGUUGAACUUGUCAUUUGGAAACAUGACUGUGGAAUCAAAUAUUUUUCGGGUUAGCCAACAACCUAUGGAUUUUGAUGAUAAUGAAUUGCAUGAGGUUAAUAUGAUUGAGAGUCUGAUCCAAGACUCGUUGCCUGACAUCUUAUCUAUGGAUCCUUUGCAAGCAUGUUUAGAUAACUUUGACUUAGAUAUUUUUGAUUCUGAGUACAUUAGUGAAGUACACUCUUUGCUUGAAUCUGUGCCUCCCAUGGAUAUUGCUAAAUGGCAGACUGUUGUGGAAGCACUUCCACUCUCUGAUUCCAAAUCUGCCUCAUCUCUUGUCAAACAACCUAAGAUUGAUUUGAAGCCAUUGCCUGAUACUCGUUGA